AUGGCAUGUGAAACAGCAAAAAAAGCAUGGGAUAAGCUGAGAGAGGAGUUCACAGGAAGUGAUACAACAAGGAACAUGCAAGUGAUGAACUUGAGGAAAGAAUUUGAGAUGUUGAGAAUGCAGGAAGUUGAGAAAGUGAAAGAAUAUGUGGAUAGGCUUAUGAGGAUGGUUAAUAAGAUCGGGCUACUUGGAGUAGAAAUGAGUGAUAAAGUGAUUGUUGAGAAGGUGCUAGUAAGCUUACCCGAGAGGUUUGAAUCCAAGAUUUCCUCUCUAGAAGACUCCAAGGACCUGUCACAAAUCAACCUCACUGAGUUAGUCCAUGCACUGCAGGUUCAAGAACCAAGAAGAUUAAUGAGGCAGGAGGAUGCUAAUGAAGGUGCUAUGAUGGCAGCUCAAAAAGGAAGGAAUGUGCAGGGGAAUAAUAGAAGGUAUGCCGGAGACAAGAAAGGGAAAGAAAAAACCAGUGGACAAUGGGGAAAACCUAGUGGAACAAGGAGCUAUCCACCAUGUCCUCACUACAAGAAGAAGGGUCACUCAGAAAACAGGUAUUGGUUUAGGCCUGGGAUCCAAUGUAGGGUCUGCAAACAAUUUGGCCACAUUGAGAAGGUGUGCAAGAACAAAAGUACACAGCCACCACAGCAAGCUCAAUCUGCAGAGGAUCAACAGCAUGGCAGUGAGUCUGAACAAUUGUUUGUAGCUUCAUGUUAUAUAGUUCAGACCAGCAGUGAAGUGUGUUUGAUAGACAGUGGCUGCACCAACCACAUGGCAGCCAAUUUACAGAAUUUCAUUAGGAUGGCCUGUGUAUAUUUCCUGAAGCAGAAAAAUGAAGUAGUUGAUAUAUUUAGAAAAUUCAAGCUACUGGUGGAGAAUCAAGCUGGGACAAUGAUCAAAGCCAUAAGGAGUGACAAUAGGACAGAAUACACAUCAAGUUAA